GCACCGCGGCGGAGGAUGGGCACCUCCUCCUUCCCGGGCACGUGCCCGCUCCGCGCGCCAGCGCUGUAGCGGUCAACAUGUCCACCGCCAGCAGGGGGCUGUUAUCAGAGCUGAAGACUCUUCUCUCAGGGCGAGAGAAGAGGAAAGGUCCCAUGAUCUCUGCCGGCGAUGCCGAAUUCCCGCGAGACUACCACACGCUGGCCGGCGGCGGCCGGCGUUUCCAUGACAACGCCAACGGGGGGUUCACGUCGUCGUCUCUGGACCGCCGGCACAACGCGGUGGCCGCCAAGAGCCUGGAGGCCCUGAACAGCAUCCACAAGGCGGACAUCGAGCGGCAGAGAGACGCCCUCAUGGACCUCCAGAAGAACUCCUUCUCCAGCAGCACCGGGGGCCUGGGGCCCGGCAGCGGCCCCGCCCGACAGCAACAACCAAACUACUGGAGCUUCAAGUCUCGAACCCCCCGGGCGACCCGACUCAGCCCGACUCAGCCGGCCCUCGCCGACCAGGCCGGCCGGGUCUCCUUCGCCUCGGCCGAGAACCUCGGCGCCAUGUCGGAGGCCGACGCCCCCGCCGGCUUCAACCGGAUGAACCGGCUCCGCCAGAGCCUCCCAUUGGCCCGCUCCUCCAGCCACGCCAAGCUCAGGGCGCCAGGGGUCUUGUUCCUGCAGCUCGGGGACGAGACCCGCCGGGUCCACCUGACCCACGAGCUCACCAGCCUGGACACGCUGAGGGCGCUCAUCGUGCACAUGUUCCCCCAGAGGCUCACCAUGGCCAUGCUCAGGUCACCCAACACGGCUCUGCUCAUCAAAGACGAGACCCGGAACGUCUUCUACGAGCUGGAGGACCCGCGGGACGUCCAGGACCGCUGCGUCAUCAAGAUCUACUGCAAAGAGCCCAUCUACGGGACCUACCCGGGGCUGGCUAACGGAGACCUGCGGAGGGAGAUGGUCUACGCUCCUCAGGACUCCUCCCCCAACCGCCGCCUCAGCAACGCCCACAUGUCUUCCUCCCAGCACUCGUCUUCCUCCGCCUCCCCUCAGGCCUCGCCGUCUCGGGCCCGCCUCCUCUACGGCGGCGGCAGACCCUCCUCCUACGCCGGGCCCCCCCCCCACACCCACUCACUGCCACACCCACACCAACACCCCCAGUCCCACCACUCCUCCCCCCAACAGCAGCAGCAGCAGCAGCAACAACAACAACACCAACAACAACAACAACAACAACUACUACUCCAGCAGCAGCAGCUCCUCCACCAGCCGCACCACGCCCAGCAGCCCUUCUGCACCUCCUCCAGCGCCAUCCUGGAGCGCCGGGACGUGAAGCCGGACGGCGAGGGGGGCGGGGCCCGCAGCGUGGUGCUGCUGCGGGGGGACGAGCGCGGGAUCUACGCCGACCCCUACUCCCUGAGCCUGGCAGGAGGUCCUCACUCCCCUCUCCCGGCCAGAGCGGCGGACCCCUAUGGCUCCUUAUACCGGCGCGCAGGCGGAGGAGGAGGAGGAGGAGGAGGCGGAGGAUCAAUGCGUUCGCUCGCCUCCUACACGGCGGCCGCUCUGCAAGGCGAGCUGAUGGAGAGCGGCGCCCUCUACAGGGCGGGAGGGCCGCUCUACAACGACGCCUACGCCGCGUCCAUGUUGGCCAUGGGGCUCCGGGUGGUGCCCCCGCCCGCCUCGCCGCAGAAGACCCCCGACAUGAGGGAGUCGUACGGGGCCACGCUGCCCGGCCGGGGCUCCCCCGGGAGGCAGAGCUCGAGGAGGGACUCCGCCACCUCCUCCUCCCCCUCCUCCGUGUUCGGGGACGGUCCCAAGGCCCGGGGCCAGGGCUUGGGCCUCACCUCGGAGCAGCUCUGCUUGAUGGCCGGGCCCGGAGGGGAGGGGGGGGCCGGCCCCCCCGGGGGCUUCGGGGCGCCGCCGCCGGGGAAUGAAACCGAGACCAGGGAGCGGAUGGAGGCGAUGGAGAAGCAGAUCGCCAGCCUGACGGGGCUGCUGCAGAGGGUGCUGAGCAGAGCGCCGGAGGCAGAGAGCCCGGAGAAGAUGGAGUCGGCCAGUGACUGCUCAGGAACUGACACCGGACGCACACACAACAAAAAAGCUCCGCCUCCGUCCGCCCCGUUGGCCCUGAUGCCUCCUCCGCCCUCGAGGGCCCACCAGCCCGUCACCGUGUCCCGGCUGCAGAUGCAGCUCCACCUUCACGGCCUCCAGCAGAACACCAACGCGCUGCGCACACAGCUGUCGCAGCUACGCAACAUGCAGCUGGAGAACCAGGACUCGGUGUUGUCCCUGCUGCGGCAGACGGAGUCUGAGCUGAGCCUCAUGAUGCUGGACGCCAUGCGGACCCAGGAGGACCCGCUGCAGAGACAGCGCCUCCUGGUGGAGGAGGAGAGGCUCAAGUACCUCCACCAGGAGGAGCUGCUCAUCCAGCAGCUGCACGACCUGGAGAAGUCGGUGGAGGAGCUGCAGAGGAACUCGUCGGUGAACCACGGCCUGGUGACGGAGCAGCAGGUGGAGCAGAAGAGCAAAGAGCUGAGGACGCUGGGAGAGACGCUCAGCGAGCUCAAGAACCAGUUCCCCGGCCUGCAGAGUAAGAUGCGGGUGGUGCUGCGGGUGGAGGUGGAGGCGGUGAAGUUCCUGAGGGAGGAGCCUCACCGGCUGGACGCGCUGCUGCAGCGCUGCAACGCCAUGACGGACACGCUCAGCACGCUGCGCAGUGUCUUGUAUCCGUCCUACAUGUACAGACACGUGACGGAGGGCGGGUGGAGGGGCCCCGAGGACCUGGCCUGCCAAUCACAGAAGAGGGCGGAGGACCCUGAUCUGGUCCCCCUCGGCCCGGCAAGCUGGAGGACCGUGGGCGAGGCGGAGUCCUCGGGCCCUGAGCAGACCCUCCAGACCCCCGUGACCCCCCAGACCCCCGUGACCUUCAGGAACCGGGUCCAGGACGAGCUGCCGAGUCGGCGUCCCGGCGAUAAGUCUGUGUCGGCCGAAGUUCGACUGGCGGCGGAGCGUGACUGGGAGGAGAAGCAGGCCAGCCUGACCCAGUUCAGCGCCCAGGACAUCAACCGGCUGCUGGAGGAGACGCAGGCCGAGCUCAUGAAGGCCAUCCCGGACCUGGACUUCGCCGCCCGCCACAUCAACAAGCCGGCGGUGCCCCCCAAGCCCCACAUCACCGUCCCCAUAACCUCCGGCGCGGCUGCGGCGGCUUCCCCCGGGACCAGCGGGACCCCGGCAAGCUCCGCCUCUUCCACCGCCUCCACGGCCACGCCCAGCGGGGACCAGCAGCCCGGCAAAGUGCAGCUGGCCGCCCAGAAGCUGAACAGCUUGGAGGGGGCGGGUUCGCAUCGCGGGGCGGUGGACCUCAACGUGACCCGGUGCCGGACGGAGAAACCCUCCAAGUCUCCGCCUCCUCCGCCUCCUCGCCGGAGCUUCCCGUCGGCUCACGGCCUGACGACCAACCGCACCGGAGACGUGAUCCUCACCACCAAGAACACCAAGAUGGAGGAGGAUGGCGACCUGCCUCAGACUCUGGUGAAGCUGAGGCGGACCGCCUGCGACGCCCCCCGACCCGCCUCCACUCCGCCGGUGAUCACAGCAUUGGCGCUUUAUGACGACGAUGACGAUGCCGAAGAGGAAGAGGAGGAGGAGGAGAAGAUCUUCGCGGAGCUGGAGAUGUUUCAGAGAACGCCCGUAAGAGGUGGUAGUAGUCGGUCGGGCGCCGUGCAGGCCGACGCCCACUCCUGCACCUUUGGGUCCCUGGGCAGAAAGAACAGCAGUAGCUCCCCGGGGCCGAUGAAGGGCCCCACCGUGGCCGCCCGGCUCAAACACCUGCAGCAGGGCAGCCUGGAGAGGCCCAAAGCCCGCAAGCAGAAAGAGGACUACCCCAAGGCCGUGGGCCAGCAGCAGGUGUUCCACUUCUAGAGAGGAACACCUGGAUCCAGAGGAACACCUGGCUACAGAGGAACACCUGGAUCCAGAGGAACACCUGGCUACAGAGGAACAUCUGGCUACAGAGGAACAUCUGGAUCCAGAGGAACACCUGGAUCCAGAGGAACACCUGGCUACAGAGGAACAUCUGGCUACAGAGGAACACCUGGAUCCAGACGCAGAAACCACAGCACACACAGCGGGAUUCAUUCUUGUCUUUUCACUUCCUGGAUCUAGAGAUCUCAAGUUAUUGAUAUUAUUGUUAUGAUUUCCUUGAAGGAAGCUGUGGGCGGGGCUUAAUUCAUCCACACUCUUCCUCUUCCUUCACAGUAACGCCACGGAAUAAUUUCAUGUCUCAGAGUGAUGACCCACUCCUCCCCCCUUCCGGGUCAGAAAGGGGCGUGUCCAACAGUAAGAAGGGGGCGUGUCAAACAGCCAAGCUAGAAUUGCCUUUAGCUCCGACGCUACGACUUUAUUAUGCAAGACGAGAGGCAGCAGCUUCCUGUGGAGUGCAAUAACACAUUUAUGAAGGUAAACGGAGACGAGCAGAAAGACAUAAGCAGCUAACUGCUCAGCUAUUUAUGAAACGAAUAUCACUGAUUUUAAUUUUGGCAAAUCUGAAGUUAAAAGUUUAAUUUAAUAAUUUCAAAGUAUAAAUCCUAAAAUAAUGAUAUUCUGAAUCAUAACUAUUCACACCGCUGCGAUGCAAAAUAAAAGGUUUUAGUCGUCGUGGUUGAAGGGGACAAUAACGUUUUUUAAUACGUCCGUUCUCACGACCUGAUUGGUCGGUUUACGCUUCGACUCGACGAUGUGAAAGAACUUCAAAAUGAAACGUCUCCGUUCAACAUGACUCCGCUCAGGAAGAGAUAAACCGGCCAAUCACAGCGGAGCGUGUGUGUGUCAUGUUGCCGACUCCGAACCUUUUUAACGUGAAGCUCCACCCGUCUUAUCUGCCCCCUGCAGGCACUCCAAGCCCCCCCCCCCCCCGUCCUUCACGGUCCUCUUAAACCUCUCCUCUUUACCUCCCCUGUCUGCUCCCUUUCUUUCUGUCUUGUUGGUUCUUCCUCAUCUCCUGCUCUCUUCUCUUUUUGUAUCCUCAUCUCCUUAAUUUGUCUCCUCUCUUUCAGUUCCUUUCCUCCUCGAUUCCUCUCCUCUCGACCAAGCAGGAGGUUUCGUCUCCUCUCCUCAUCUUUCCUUCCUCUCUUUCCUCGGAUACAUUCAUCGUUCCUCCUUUCCUCUGUGUGAGGAGGAGGUAGAAGAGGAAGAUGAGGAAGAGGAAGAUGAAGAGGACUAGCUCACAGUUUCUAGCUGCAGCUCAGCCUCUCGUCUCUCCUCGAGCUCGAGGACAGUCACACGAUGCACCAAAAACCCACCGGCCAAUCCGGAGAGAGGAGAGAGGGGGAGGGGAGAGAGGGGUGUAGAGGGGGGGGGGGGGUCUCACAGAAAACCUCGUCAGACUCACAUGUGACAUUGAACAAAAACUUGAAACACACGUUUGUACAUUUUUAUUAUUAUUCUCUUUCCUUUUCACUGUUUCUUGUUUCCAUUUAAACGUAUCUUUUUGUUUAUGUUUUAAAAUCUCUGCUUGCUUCUUUUUUAUGGGGGGGGGGGGGGGUCGACUGCAGUGCUAAGAUCUAUUAUAUAUAUAUAUAUAUAUUUAUUAAUUUCUCUUCCAGCUGAAACGCACUCAUGCUUUAUGGCUGAUCUCCUUCAGUUUUUUCCUUCACAUAAUUCUGUGUCAGCAGUCUCUCUCUCCUCUCUCUCUCUCUCCUCACUC